AGGUGGAGUGAGCGAGAAAGGGGUUGAAGGAGACAUGACAAAAUAUCAAACGAGAGAAAGCACGCAGUAUCAUGCGAGCUAAAUGUGUAACCGCUGGAAUUGAGGAUGUCGGAUUAAUGGUGACUAUCAUAACCCGUUUUCGCAGAGGAAGCUUUUCGACUGGAACUUUGGAGCAGAGGGUCCGCGUGGAAACAUGGCCGAAGGAGGGGCGGGUAAAGGUGGCGGAGAAGACCCCGCCAAGUUGACGGAGCAGGAAGAGCGAAUUUGGCCUCAGCCUCUGUCGGGAGCAGGCCACUGCAAGUGGUUCAAUGUGCGAAUGGGGUUUGGAUUUAUAUCAAUGACGAGCAGCGAGGGGAGCCCUGUAGACCCACCUCUGGACGUAUUCGUCCACCAAAGUAAGCUGGUCAUGGAAGGCUUCCGCAGCCUGAAGGAGGGUGAGCAGGUGGAAUUCACCUUUAAGCAGUCUUCCAAGGGCCUGGAGUCACUGCGGGUGACGGGGCCUGGCGGGGGGCCGUGUGUGGGCAGUGAGAGGAGACCCAAAGUGAAGGCCCCGCCCCAGAAAAAUCGCAAACCAAAGGGAGACCGCUGUUACAACUGUGGAGGACUGGACCACCACGCCAAGGAGUGCGGCAUGCCCCCCCAGCCAAAGAAGUGCCACUACUGUCAGAGCAUUGCGCACAUGGUGGCCCAGUGUCCCCACCGGGCCCAGGACCCACCACACCCCUCUACCUCCACCCAGCUGCGCCCGCCCGACGAGGAGGAGCGCCCGGGCACAUCCCCCCUCGAGGGCCCCUCGUCCUCCCCGGAGGAGCCACAGUCUUCGCAGCGCGGCGCCCCCCAGAGGAGGAGGAAAUAGAGGUGGAGAGGUGUGGCCCUGACCCUGCUGACUCCACCCCUAAUCUACCUCACACAAAAAUAUGGGGGGAGGGGGGCUCCUAUUUUAUGUCUCGGACCAGCGCAGCUAUGGCAACUAUCAUCAGGGGUAUGGACGUGUGUGAAUGUGUGUUUGACGGACGGACAGACUGCCUGGCUGUUGUCUAGAGGUAGCUAUGGCAACCAUUGCUCGGGAUGCUGACACUCUUGCCGGCCGGUCGGUCUGUCUUUUGGCCCGUCUGUGGCUUUCCUCAGUGCAGCUCCGGAGUUUAGAAGGGCACCAGGGGUGCCUGUGAACCGGGGUUGGAUCACUGGUGUCGUCUGUGGUGAUUUGUGUGGAUGUUGCCCCACCCGGUUCCUAUUAACAUAGUAUCACAUUUCGGACAGCAUCAUGCCUCGCUCGAUUGCAUCUUUAAGAGUUUUAAGAAAGGAUGUGAUCGAAGCCAGUGUUUGCCCUGGUACACAUACACUUGGUUUAACUAAGUCCCCUCCUCACCUGGCCUUUGGUGGUUUGAACUUGGUGUGCAAGUGCUAAGGCCCCCUUUGGUUCCUCAAGACCAAAAUGAACAACCCUGAUAGGGCCCUCUAUCGAAACAUUUUAAUCACCAGUCAGAAGUCAUAUUUUCCUUUUAGUAUUCUUUUGCCCGUGAUAAAUCAUGCCUUUAGCCGGACCUCACUUUUACAAAUCAGGUUUAAGGUUAGGGAUUACAGAAAAUUACAUUUUUAGGGAAGUAAAUAUUUGUCUGUGUGUGUGUGUGUGUGUGUGUGUCAUACCCUGGUCUCAUCUUUGCUGAGAAUUUACCCAUUGGACAUCAUUUGUCAUGUGAUACCUUAACAAUGUCAUUUUCUGGUACUAAAAAUUUUUCUGAGGAUUUUAUUGAAAUAGAUUACAACAUUUCUCUUUGACAACCUGGUAAAGAUGAUGUCAUAUUAUUUAUCUAGUCAGAUUAGGUAUAUCACAACUUUUUUUUAAAUUCUUUUUUUUAUAAAUAUAACUAGGAGGUUAACAAAAUGUCUUAUAAAACCAAUGAAUAAUAACAUUGUUGGUACCAGUUUCCAUUUAAGAAAAGUUUUCUGUACCACAGAAGUUUAGCUUUUCAGGUUCAUUGGUUUGGACUGCAGACUGCAUAGUAUAGAAUCCCGGCAUAUGUGCUAGUUUGGAACGUGUGUGCACGUGUGUGCACGUGUGUGCACGUGUGUGCAUGUGUGUGUGUGUGUGUGUGUGUGUGUGUGUGUGUGUGCAUGAGACAGAGGGAAAGACAUUCCUUUUGUAAAACAACAGUGGUAGAAGAGCAGUUUUAUCUAACCUGCAGCUGACUUUAUAAUCACAAUUUUUUUUCAUGUAACCCUGAAUAGAUAUGCCUUAGAUAAGAAACAGUAAAAUACAUCAAAAAUGUUAACUUCAAAAACAUAAAAAAAAACAUUAUUUAAUUGGAUAUCUAGUAUCAACAGAGGUGUAAAAUAUACAAAGUAAAAGCACUUGGCUAGGUUUCUGCAGAGUUCACUAGUUUAGAGAAGUUUCUAACUAAGAUCUAAAUGACAGAGUUAUGGCUGUUCAUAACCAACGAAUCAUCAAUGAAAUUAAAAGGAAGAAUAAAAAGUAUCAAUGAAGGUCAUUGGUUAGUUAUGAACUCCUUUUACCUGGCUAUUUAACUUAGAAUUAUGAACUUCCCAAAACUGGUGAACACAUCUGAGCACUUUUACUUGCUACUUUUCACACCUCUUAGCAUCUAUGUUUCUAGAUAUAGGUUUCAGUUGUUGGAUAAUUAGUUGAAGAUGGUGUCACAGUUUACAAUAUAGGUCACAAUAUAAGUAGUUAAUAUAUGUAUGAAUAGCAUAUUAUUAAAAUGGUAUAACUUUAAUAAGUAUAUAUUAACUCAUUUUUGACAAAGAUAAAAGCACAGUGUUUUUGUACGAUUUUGAUUUGUCAAUUUAACACAUGAUUUUGUCAAAGCACCUCUUCCUUUUACCUAUGUGACAUUACAUCCUGUUAAUUCAAUGCCCCUCCCCUCAGAAUAUGAAUAGUUAUCUACAUUUAUGUAAUCAUCCCUUCGUUUGCCUUAUCAAUAUACAGUGGGGAGAACAAGUAUUUGAUACUGCCGAUUUUGCAGGUUUUCCCACUU